AUCAAAUUUAGAAUGUUGCUUAUGGAGUGACUUCAAUUAGCCAACAGCAAGAAACACGAAUCGGCUGCUGGGCAGCAACUUUCUUAUUGGUGGUUUUUGCGUGUGUUGGUGCUUCGUUUCGAAUAGGAAUGUGCGUGCGGUGUUUCAAAAGAAGGAUGUUUCGUUGCAAACAAUCUGUUGCGCUAGGAUUGGCGUUAUACGCCUAGCGAAGUUAGCUUUGUUUUCAGGCGUAGUAAAAAUUCCUACGCCUCAGUAUAGUGUUUGGGUUAAAAAAUUUUUGAUUUAUAAAAGCAGUUUUGUGAAUAGUUUCGAAGUCUUAACAAAGCUAUGUAAAAAAUAGAACAACCAGUUUUGAUUUGUGGUAAAGUAAAAAAAAAGUCACUGUAUUAAAAAAAAAAACAAAAAUGAAAGGAUAACCACCUACGAUAGGGAAUGUUAGCAAAACUAAAAUAAGCAAAAAACAAGAACUCAUCUCGAAGCAUUCACCGUUUGAAAGAUAAUGACAACCGAGCAAAAAAUACCGUUCCCUACGUCUGUAUGAGUGGUCUGGUCCAAGCAGAAAACUACUAUUCCACAAGACGACGAGGACGGAGGCUGCGAAAGAUCGUACGUACGUAAGCCAACCUACUCAUCAUCACCCUCAUCAUCGGAUAGCCAUCGUCUUCGUCUGCUAGCUGCUCUGCUAGAGUUGUGGAAAGGAAUGUGCGAUUAAAAUUGCUGCAGAACGAAUGGCAGAAACGAGUAUUUCACGGGCUGCAACUGCUAGUGUUGGUGUUAAAUGGUCGAAUUCAGUAGCACAACAAAAAUAUUUGCAGUCGAAUAUCUGUACCACCUGUUGAUUGGUUUUGUUUGAGAUUUUAGGGCAUUUGGAAAGCUCGGACGCGCAAAAUGCACGGAGGUCAUCGGAGGAGAAAGAAAAGGCCCAACUAUGGGAUUCGGACGGUCGAAGUCAACAGGGGCCUGAAUGGAUUCGGAUUUACCAUUUCGGGGCAGCAGCCUUGCAUCCUGUCAUGUAUCGUGGCUAAUUCUCCAGCGGAUCAGGCCGGAUUGAGAGCUGGAGAUUUCCUAAUAUCGGUAAAUGGUCUCAACGUGUCACGAUUACCUCACGAGGCUGUGGUUCAGUUGAUUGGGAAUACUUACGGAGCUAUUAAGAUGGCGAUUGCUGAGAAUUACUACUCGGAUAGCUCCGAUGACGACGUACUGUUUCAUCAGGGAAGUCAACAUAGGUCCAGGCCAAAGUAUCCAAACUAUAAAACCAAGUUCAAUAGAAAUACGGUAACGAGUAAGUUGCCAAAUGGUCCUCAGGCUGAUUUGGUAGGAACAUGUGAGGGUGCAGCAUCAAUUGUGGUGAACGAUUCGCCAACGGCUUACAAUGUAAUUCAUAGUCCUAACGCAAAUAGCAGCUGUGAUAUUACCAAUGUCAGUGCAAUGGUUCGUGCUGUACAACUUGAUCAAGAAGAACCUAGAGCUGGACCGUCUCAUGUUCAGCAGGAUCAAGAAUCGUUCCUAGAAUACAAAGCCGUGGUUGGGUAUCUCGGAACCAUCGAAAUGCCCAAGCAAAUUGCAACCAGUUCCAAGCUACAAACUGUUCGAAGUUGUAUUAGAAAAAUGCGACAAGAAAAACGCAACCCAACCACCGUACUCAUGUCGAUUCUUCCUUCCUGCCUUAACUUGAUCAAUACCAGUAAUGCGGUUAUCGCUAAAUACUCAUCUGUCCGCUUAAACUACGUCAGUAGCAGUAGCGAAAAUGAUACUCGCUAUUUCGGACUUGUAACCUCGGCGAUUUACGCUGAUGGAUUGAUGUGCGAAAAUGCCGCCAUUUUAAACCAACGCAAAGACGUUGUCAUUUCAAACAGUUGCCAUGUGUUCGUUAUAGAUUCCAAGCUAGUCGAUCAUGGAAUUCAUCUAGAAAAAGCUGACCUCUUCAAAAUCAUCUGUACAAAAGAUCCCAUCACCAAUCUCUGCCUCGAGUUCCCAAACAACUCAGAAUACGUAGUCAAUCUUAUUCGUAGCAUGUACAACCUCAAAGCACCCGUUAAAAAUGAAGCCCAAUCAAAUCAUGGAAAGCCUCCGGUUGCUCGGAGCCUCAACAUGGACCAUAUAAACUAUCCCCGCGUCGAUCCUCGGCUCAAUCCACGGGCCAUAGACGACCCGAACGAUCUUCUCGUUUCCAACUCACCUCAACCGAGUAAUCACAGCGAAAUAACAACAACCUCCAGCAACUCCGACUCUGGAAUCGGCUUCCACAAUGAUUACCGCAACAUUUCUGAUCGCAUUCUGGUGGUCGACUUCCCAGGCAUUCCCAAUCAUCAGCAAAUCUCUAACGUACGUGCCCAUUUCCGCAAAUCUCAUCCCUUCGGAAUGCCCGGACGUCCAGUUGGAAUAAUUAACGAGCUCUCCCCGAAGUUCGACCCAAUUCGCAACAUCCGCUGCACCGGAGACCCAUCAACAAACAACCUCCAAAUUUGCCACGGCAAAUCCAAAUCUGCCGACUACAGCUACCCUUCAACAUCCCGACAACAACCAAUCGAGCAAAGAUUGACCGUCCGGGCCCGACCUGACCCAAAAACAUUCGCCUCCGAAAACUCCCCCAGUAAAGAAAACGCCCUCAACAACCUCAGCGAUCCGUCCCCAAAUAAAUACGAUCAAAUCUUCCCGGAUCUCGAAACCGUCAUAGACUGGGCAUCCGGACAAACGCUCGACGAUCUCGGCAACAUCGUCCAGGAACGACCCAUCGACGUUCCAUCCCAACCUCAAGACGACCUGCAUCUAGACCUCAAUCGCUACAACAGUGACAACGUCAAAAAUAGUCUCCUGGCAGCGCGAUCAUGCGACAAUAUGAUCCUCUCCUACGAAGCUUCCCAUCAUCAUCCACAGAUAUUCCCGGAACCUAUCAAAUUGCAACACUCGGCUGACGAUCUCACCCUCAUCACGAAAUCUUCUCCCAAACAGGACGAGCAACACGUGUUUCUCCAGCCAACCGUCAAACCGUUGAAAAAAUCGAAAAAGGCGUGCGCUCACCGAAAACCAACCGACGACAUCGGCGUCGGUUCCAAUCAAUCCUCGCAGCAGCUGCUUUCCUACAAACUUAGUCCGAAGGUUUUCGGUUUAGCAAGACCACUUUCCCUAAGUUUCGAAAACAUUUCCUCCACAAUUGUUUCUGGUCACGGGGUCCUGGACCCAAAGAAAGCGUGCCGUAAAAGUGAGACUGCUCAAAACCAACCGGACCAGCAGCAACAGAAACAACGUAUUCGACCGUCGAAGAGGCUUAGUGGUGGGUUCUCGGCUAUCUGGGGAAGUUUGCAGGAACUAAGAACUGUGGGUAGCAGUAAACAACAGCAACUACAGCAGCAGCAAGAACUGCUUUGGGAUGGUGGUGUAAGUGCUCCUCAAGGGAAUGUGAAAACUGACAGUGAUAAGGAAAUGCAGAAGCAGCAGAAGCGAGAGCGUCGACUCAGUGGGUUUAAAAUGCUGGAAGCGACCUACAGCGAGCCGGAUUUGAGAUUUGAUGAGAACAAGCAAAUCAACCACAAUGCUUCGCCGUUCCGGCGAUGGGGCCAAUCAUCGCUGCGGUCUCGCUCCGGGGAACAGCGCACUCCCGGGUCCAGUUCACAUCGGCGGCCCUCUUCCCUGGCCGCUUCCGAAAGCGACGUCUACACCAAAUCGAUUGACGAUGAUUACAGUUCCACCAAAAGUGGGUACAACCCUUAUGGGGAUGCUGCAAGUUCGGUGACAACGGAUUCUGUUCCGACCUCAACGACGACGGGAACCGUCAGUGUGGGUCCAACUGGGGUCGCUUCUUGGGGCACCUCGUUCGAGAAACUGCUGGAAGAUGCCGCCGGACUGCACACUUUUUCGGAAUUUUUGAAGAAAGAAUUUUCUGGGGAGAACAUCUACUUCUGGACUGCUUGCGAGAAAUACAGGCACCUAACGGAUCGAGAAGAGAGGGCCAGGGAAGCCCAAGCCAUCUUCACCAAGCAUCUAGAAUCGGGUUGUAGCGAUCCGGUCAAUGUGGACUCGAUUGCCCGAAACAUUGCCAAGGAAAACUUGCCCCAAGCGGAGCAAACCCUUUUCGCGGCAGCUCAGAAACAGAUUUUCAACCUUAUGAAGUUUGACAGCUACCAGAGGUUUAUCAAGAACGAUAUGUACAAGGUGUGUCUGGAUGCCGAGGCCAAAGGACAGCCGCUUCCAUAUCCGGGUGAGCUCCUAGAUCCACUGCUAAAGACGAGCUUCACCAUUCAAGCUUCCACCAAGCUGAAGAAAUCCCUAAGCAAUGCCGAGGAUCGGCGGCGAAAGUCGUUGCUGCCCUGGCACCGUAAAACCCGCUGCAAAUCCAAGGAUCGAGGCGAUCAGGAGCUGAAAAAGGACAGUGGCAGCGGGGGUAAAUCGGGGUCCCUGUCCAACGGGGGUGGCAGUAGCAAUACGCUGAAGGUCCUGUCGACCAAUUCCACUAGUGAUAUUCAUAGUUCUAGAAGUUCCUUGGCGAGUUUCGACGCCGCCAUCGGUAAAUCGUCCUACGAGCAGGACGACACCCGCAACAGUCUGUGCCGUGUGAUAUUGUCGAACGGAGCCACAACGGUGGUUCAGACACGUUCCAACGAAACCAUCAAAGAGCUAGUCGAGCGAUUGCUGGAGAAGCGAGGCAUCGUUUAUAACGCCUACGAAGCCUUUCUAGCGGGGAACCACAAACCGCUGGAUCUGGACGGCCCGUCAUCUAGUCUCGCCGGCAAGGAGGUCAACAUCGAUCAGCGGGUAGUGUUCAAACUGAGUUUACCUAAUCGGAAAAUGAUUUCCGUCAAGAGUAAGGCUACUAAGCCGUUGGGGGAUGUUCUGAGACCCAUUCUGGCCAAGUACAACUACGAGCUGGAUCAGAUGAACGUUUACUCGAAGGAUGCUUUCCUGGACAUGACCUAUCCGGUGACCAGUGUGGAUGGGCUAUGGCUACAAGUUCGUAACGGGAGCGAGAAUGAAUUUCAUCAGGAUCUCACGCGGACGAUUGCAUCGAGAUCGGAGAGGACUCAACAAGGUGGGCAUGGAGUAGUGGCGCCUCCACUGCCUGUGAUCGCGACUACGACCCACCAGCAGAUAGUUAGCCAUUUUCAACAGCAGCUGAACUAUCAGCAAGCUCAAUUGGGUGGUUUGGGGGCAAAUGCGACAAGUGGGAAUUCAGCUUCCUACAUCAAUAGUAACAUUGGGAAGAAAUUGGCUACGACUCACGGUGGAUCCCAGGGAUACAUCAACAAUAAUAACAAUCAUUUCAAAAGCAAAGAAGAUUUGAAAGAUGACGGUAGUCGGCACGAGUUAAACAUGCUCGAUGAGAUCACCAACAAGGUGUUCAAUGAGUUGAUGAAUGGUAAAAUUGCUAAUGGGAAGGUUCCUGAUGAUUGUACUUCGGACAGUUCAUCCACUAGAAGAGGAGGCGCUGGGGAUCGGUUUCGACGACGAGGCUCCAAUGCGCCCUCGGAAAGUGGCCGGGGAGCUAAGAGCAAGAAGUGCUCUACAGCCGGGUCCGAGGAUGGAGAGAGUGUUGGAAAUGCUGCAACUGGUAGUAAGAAACCAAUCAUCGCCAAGCUGAAGGCAGGAGUUAAAUUGCAAAUCCCCACCCGAUCCCAGAAUGAUGAGCUUCUGGAAGGCCUUAAACGAGCCCAACGGAGUCGUCUCGAAGAUCAGCGAGGUACCGAAAUCAACUUCGAGCUGCCGGACUUUCUUAAGGACAAGGAAAACUUCACCAGUGCCCCCUCAACCGGUGCAGCUUCGAGUUCCGGUGUAUCCAAGUUCGUUCGAAAACCGGGCAAGCGACCCGAAUCUGCCGAAUAUCCUUCUUCCACCAGUAUUCACCCGGGGGCUGCAGCCCUUCAAACCGGAUCGCUACAGCAAAUCAAUAAACCCCAACCGGCGCCACGACUUUCGAUUACUGGUUCUCGGGGAAUUGCCGCCGAAUCUACCCCAAGAACCCAGGGAGGAAGUGCAGUUUCUUCGCCGGGUGUCGUGCAGUCGGCUUCUAGUGAAAGUUGUCUGAACAAUCUUUCCAUGCGCUGUAAUGCGUCCCCGUCGGCCGGUCUGGUGGAUGAUAACGGAAACGGUUCCCUGUCGGAGAAUAGUUUUGCAGAAACGACAAUGAUUUUCAACCACCACCAGAUUCCAACCAACCCUUGCAAUACCCCGGAAAGCUCACCGAUUCGAGGCGCCCUUAUGAACAGCCACCACCGGAGGUCGAUUGAUGCGGACUGUUGCCGGGAUAUCCCGGAUCAUUCGUUGCAAUCAAAAGGAAGCCAUAACUAUCAACAGAAUCACAACCAUCAGCAACUUACUACGAGUUUAGGCAGUGGCUGCAGUACUACCAGUAGUACGACUAGUAACAGCAGCAGCAAUAGUAGCACCAGUAACUAUGAUGGAGACAACCAGAAGGGUCCGCCACCGCUUCCACCGAAGCCCAAAAUCCUACCCAUCAAACCUUCCAACUGGGGCCAUACGGGACCGAGUGGCGGUGGAAGCAGUAGCACCAACUUGAGCACUUCCACCCUGGGAAACCUGUCCACCACCAGCAGUAGCACCAGUCCCACCGGUGUCAGAAGCAACAAUGGUAACGGCAAUAGCACCACCACUAGCAGUAGUAGUCAGAAUGUUGCGAAAGACCGGCAGACCGGAAGUGGGAAGCAGACUAGAAAUAUCUACCUGGAUCAUGCGAGUAGCAGCUUUGUAUAGAAUGUAAAGAAACAUUAGCACAAUACUAAAAUAGCUAGAGCUAGGUUGAAGGAAUAAUGAAAAAAUAUUUUAAAAUUUAACUUUUUAUCAAACUGUCGGUAAAUUUGAAGGCUUUUGAAGCGAGUGUUUUUUUUUCAAGAUAUUGCAGUUCUAUCUUUGCGCGUGUGUAUUUUUUUCAUCGUUUUAUUUAUUUUUGUCGAACUGUGAAAACAUGUAUUAUUUUGCCGAUUUUUAAAACGUAAGACUAGAU